AAGGCGAGGAACAUGGCGGAUAGUAUGGGCGCCCUGUAGUCGCGUGAGGAGAGGAGGAGAGGAGGGGAGACGCUCGAGAGAUAGAAAGAGAAACGAGAAGGAAGAAGAAGCACACACUCCAGAUGGCGUUCAUGUCCCGGUUCUCCCGGUCCCGGAGCAGCUCGAGAUCUCCCAACAGGAAAGAUUCGGAGCGCGGGACCCCGGUGCUGACAGUGUCUGAGCUGGAACGGCUCCUCUACACCGGGAAAACAGCGUGUAACCAUGCCGACGAGGUCUGGCCUAGGCUCUACAUCGGGGACCAAGACAUUGCAUCAGACCGGCGUGAGCUGGCACGGCUUGGCAUCACCCACAUCCUGAACUGUGCCCAGAGUAAGUGGCGCGGCGGGGCGGAGUCCUACGCUGGCAUGGAUAUCACCUACCAUGGCAUCGAGGCCCACGACUCGCCCUCCUUCGACAUGAGUGUCAACUUCUACCCCGCUGCAGAGUUCAUACACAGAGCCCUCAGCAGCGGUGGUAAGGUGCUGGUACACUGUGCGGUGGGUGUGAGUCGUUCGGCAACGCUGGUCCUGGCCUACCUUAUGAUCCGUCAGAACCUGACCCUGGUGGAGGCCAUCAAGGCGGUGAAGGACCACCGCGGCGUUAUCCCCAACCGGGGCUUCCUACGGCAGCUCAACGGCCUAGACGGCAUCCUCCGGGACAGCCGCAAGGCUCUACACUCCCCAACCUCUCCAACCUCUCCCUAGAGCUAACAGGCUAACACGAUGAUGUCUUGAUCUCGUCAUGAAAAAUACAUAUUUAUCUGGUUGAAACAGAGACCAAUUGGUUGGAAUCUGGUUUUAUCACAUCUUUACAACCAGAAAACCAGUUUACAACCAGAAACGUCAUGUGCCAAUUUUUUCCUGCUGGGUGGUCGUGUGACAAUAGUUGUCUGUUUUCUUUUUCAUCUUUUCAUAACCAGAAAUCAAGCAACAUUAUGGACUAAACGUUCAAAUCCUGUUGCUGCAGGAUUAUUUUGCGGUGACAAUACAGAUCAAAGUAAGAUCCUACAUCUGUAGCUACCUACUGCCUACUGUGUUUUUUGUUAUUUUAUGAGCUAGGCUUCUGUACCAGCUGAACCUUGGGGAUUUCUUCUGCAUAAUGGCAAGCUGGGUUGAGCUCAAUCCCAUUUCAGUUUAGUUCAUUCAGCAAGUGCCAAUUAUUUUCAAUUAGUAGUUUUCAAUAUUUAAAAUAGGAAUGCCAAUUAAUUAAUGCCAAUUGACAGAAUUUAUAUGGACCUCAACAAUGCAUGCAGACAAAGUCAAGAAGGCUUGUGUAUGGAAUUGAUGACACGUCAGAAUGAUUGAUUAUCCAAUGCUAAUAUUUACUCCAACUCUGAAAAUAUUCCUGUUAGUUGAUUAUGAAUACCUCAAGUAGCCUCUAUGUGUGUGGCACAUACUUUAUGUGUGGUCUCCACUCAUAACAUUUGAUUUGAUCUCUAAACAGUGUCAGGAUGUUAGGGUUGCACCUACAGUAUUACUAUGUUAUUACUACAGGUGUACUACAGAAUUACUAUAGUAUUACUAUGUUAUUACUACAGGUGUACUAUAGUAUUACUACAGUAUUAAUAUGAUAUUACUAUAGUAUUACUAUGUUAUUGCUACAGGUGUACUACAGUAUUCAUAUAGUAUUACUAUGUUAUUACUACAGGUGUUCUAUAGUAUUACUAUAGUAUUACUAUGUUAUUACUACAUUUACAUUUACAUUUACGUCAUUUAGCAGACGCUCUUAUCCAGAGCGACUUACAGUUAGUGCAUACA